CUGGAAACACUUCAGCAACCCGAAAUUCACAGAAUUUACAGAAAAUGUUAAAUUUUUGUGAUUUAUAUCGUUAUCGGAUGAUAGAUGUUUUAUAUCGGGAUAAGAGAUUUUAGUCAUAUCUCACAGCCCUACGCUAAGGCAGGUUCUACGUUCAGGUUUUAGAUGUUUUCUGGCAAAAUGUAUUCUAGCUUUCUUGUUGUUGAGUGUAAUCCAUGUAUUGCACAACUGCUGUAAACCCUCUGUAUUUAAAUACCCUGUGCAUCUCUUUUAAACUCUGACAGUGAUACCUCUUUGAAUAUGCUUGAGUUAGGUAAAUGUUGUGAAAGAUAUUUCUUAACCACGGAAAGAAUUCUGCGAUUAUUUACUUCAGUUGGUUUCCACCCUUUUAGGGCGUUUCUGGUGUUGCUGAGCUGGUCAGUGAUUUCUGCUGAUUUUGCCAUUUCUCAGUUUUUCUGUCUCUCAUGGACAGGUUUAUUUAUUUUUGUACCUUAAUUGACAGUAUGUGACCAAAUACCUCUUAUUAAGAGUGAACAGUGAAUAGUUAUUAUAUGCACUUGAAAAUAAUCUCAGAUUUUUGAUGUUGAAUUUGUCAUCGCAAAAUGAGGAAUGAGGAACAGACUUCACCUGGCCAUGAAUCUGCAUGUCAGUCAGUUGUCUAAUUACUUUUGUGUCUUUGCAGAGGUGGCACUAUGUAUAUCGUCAGCCUUAAAGCUGAACUCUGCACUGAAAUCACAUUUUGAUAGUUUGAUUCAAAUUAUGAAAUAAUAAAUAUCGAGGAUUGAUAUGAGUCUAGAUAUAUAUUUGAACAUAAACUGCCCUCUCCCAAAGCAGGAGAAAAGCAUUACAGAACAACCUAAUAAUUACUACAUGUACUAUAAAAGUAACAAAGCUCAGAGUACCCAAGUUGCUGUUGGAGGGUUGUUUCUAUGUUUCUGCGUGAACUUGUAGUACUGUAACUCUUUACCUGAAAGGCUACUAGAAGUAAUCCUUGAAGCUAUUUUCUGAACUGAGUGCUUUCUGUCAUAUUUCAUGCCUGAUCACAGAACAAAACAACUGGGUUUGUAUCAGAAGUCAGUAAGGGUGGUCUCUGCCUACGCAGCUACGCUUGGAAAAAACAUAGAAAUUGUUCUAAUGGUCAUCAAACCACAUCUUAUGGAUGUACAGUAUAUGCUGAUGUGUCAGUGAUAUCAAGGGUCCACAGGAGGUUGCAUUUAUAAGAGGAAAGGGUUAAAACAGUUUUGUUCUAUUUGAAUAAAGAUUGGACACAUAAAACAGUGUUUUGAGAAAACAAGAUUUACUGAGACUUUUAGCUGACUAGAAAUGUAACACUGAUCUGUGAAACUAGUGAAAAUGAUAUUCUGAUAUGCAUUUAAACAGGCCUAUAUGUCAAUUGCAUGCAAGUAUCCAUGAUGGACGGGGGUAGAACUCCCCACAAAACAAUGUGCACCAUUUUUCUUCUUCGACUUCUUCGUCUUCAACUUCUUGAAGUCCAAUCCUAUGGCGUGCAUCUUUUAGUAAAGUCUGUUUUAAAUAAUCAUUUUAUUUGCCUUUAUGAAAUCUUCUCUUAAUUGUAGACUUAAUAUUAAUGAUCGACUUAUCCCCUGGAUUGUGUUAUAACUUGCAUGAAGUGAAACUUGGUGAAGCUGCUGGUAGCUGAAAUCGUGUGUGGACUUUGAGGCCUUUUUAUGCUGCACUACGGUUUGUUUGUUUUUUGGUUUUUUUUUUAAGCGGUACCAAAGUUUUGACCAGUGGUACAUUAAAUUUUUAAUUUUUUAGCGAACUAAGGAUGUGCAGUCUAACUUGCAUCGCGAGCUCCUUUGUCUGCAAGUUGUGAGUUGAUAUUCAAAUGACUUUUGACUAAUGAUUGAACAAUCAGUCUUUUUUUUCACAGCUGCAUGAAUACAAUUUCUAGAGGGACCACAGUCUAACAUUUUUCUUCAAAUUUUGCUCUAUAAAGCCUGGUCACAUACUGUCAAGCCUGAAACCAUGAGACAGAUAAUCCUCCUGAUGUUUUCCUUGAUGCUGAACUUUUGACUGCAUAAUUUCCCUCCACUGCAUCUUUCAGCUGUCAUUUGCAGUGGGGGCUACUGGGAAAACAUGCAAAUGUGUUGUCUUGUGGGAUUAAGGCUUUUCCUUGCUAAUGAGGUGGUUUCAUUAUUUCACUCCAUCUUCCCUUCCUCCUCUUUAUUUUUUUUUUUAAAUUGUUUAUAUAUUGGAGCAGUUGUCUGGUUCACCAGCAUCUGUCAGUACUCAUUUAGUUUGUCCAGACAAACGCCAAAGACAACGACUUCAGACUUUCCAUAUAAUGAGUGAUGAAUGGGGACUGUGGCUUCUGCCUGUCUCCAGGUGUUUGAUUAUUGCAAAAAAAGUUCCUAACCUGUACCUGUAAAAGAGUCUAUUUAUUUAUAUUCAUUCAUUUACUAUAAGCUUUCAGUGGUGCUGCUGUUGUAUCAAGUGACAUUAUAGCGGAUCCAAGCAACUCUUUAAACAGCUUGGCUUCUUGCGCGCCAUGGUUUGCCUGUCAUUGCAAUUAUAUUGUUUCACAAAGGCAGAGAGCAAACAAGACCUGUAAGAGAGAGAGAGACAGAAUCCACACGAAAGGGAGGGUCGGAGGAGAAGGGAGGGGUGCACACUGUGCGCAUGAUGGCAUAAGUGUGGUAGUGAGAGAGGGAGCCAGCUUACAAGCAAGAUUUUCUUUCUCACUGCUGUGCUUGUGCUUCAUUCAGAAAAAGAAAGGGGGCAGUCGAAAUAGAGUUUUUUGACCGUUUUCAUGAAAGCCAUUAAGAAAACUGAGCUGGUAGUGUGUACAGACAAGACGACAACACGGCAAGCUUGAAGACGACAAAAGUUGAAUGAGCUGAAGAGACGGAAGAAAGACCUUAAACACCCUACAACUCCAGCAGGAAAUGGGAUACAUUUAUUUGUAGUAAUAGGGGAGAGAAAACUAAUGACAGCGUUGCCCAGAUCUGCUUCUGCUGCUCAUUCUCCUGCGAUGAUUUGGUUUUAUCUGAGACACCUGAUCUGAUUUGGCUCGAGAUCCAUAGAGCUGAACUCUAAAUACAGGAAGGAUGUGCACUGACUCCUGACUGUAGGACAGACCAUGCUGCUGCACUAAGCUGAAGAGCGAGAAAAGGAGAGAGAGGCCACUGAGGACCCCUGAGGUGGUGGCUGGUCGUUUGGUGCCCCUCCCACUUGUCUGGCUGGCUGGCUGCUGCCUCUUCAAUUCAUCUGAUUGCUCCCUUCCCCAGAGGCUAAGACUUGCUAUGGACUGCACUUCGCCCCCUGCUGCAGCCCAGUCGAGUACACUACGUUAGUGGGUCCCCACAUCUUUCCGUGUGGUUCCUGUCCAGACUCAGUGAACAGAGUCCAGCUCCGAUCUGGUACCACCUACAGCCACUGCUGGGUCCUCCACCCAACCCCCUCCCCACUCCCACCCUCCCCCCUUUCCCCUAAAAAGAUGUCAGUGAGCCUGACAACGGACAUCCAGCAGGAGGGAGAGAGUGGGCCACUUAUUGAGCCCUGCAGUCGAGGCAAGACCUCCCCUCAACCACAGGGCACCAAAGAAGGAACUGGAGAGAGCCUGGAGCCGGAUGAUAGCUCUCCACAGGAUGCACAGAAGCGGGCUCCUAACCACAGCCAUGGAAGGAAAAGGGCCAAGUCUAAUGCUAAACUGAAGCUGGUACGAAGUCUUGCAGUGUGUGAAGAGUCCUCCGGUCCGUUUUCCAAUGAUGGACCACCAGAAUCGGAUAUUAUCCAGCUUCACAUCAGCUGUCCAUCUGACAAAGAGGAGGAGAAGUCCUCGAAGGACGAGUAUGAAAAUGAAGAGGAGAAGAAGGACAAGACUCCCCGAAAGAUGCUGUCACGUGACUCCAGUCAGGAAUAUACUGACUCCACAGGCAUCGACGUUCACGAGUUUCUGGUCAACACACUGAAAAACAAUCCCAGGGAUCGAAUGAUGCUGCUUAAACUGGAACAAGAUAUCCUGGAGUUCAUUAAUGACGACAAUAACCAGUAUAAGAAGUUUCCACAAAUGACUUCUUAUCAUCGUAUGCUGCUGCACCGUGUGGCUGCCUACUUUGGCAUGGACCAUAAUGUGGAUCAGACGGGAAAGGCUGUCAUCAUCAACAAGACGGGCAACACACGCAUCCCAGAACAAAGGUUCUCUGAACACAUCAAGGAUGAACGCAACAUGGACUUCCAGAAGAAGUUCAUCCUUAAGAGAGAUGAUGCUAGCAUGGACAAAGAUGAUAAUCAGAUCCGCGUGCCGCUGCAGGACGGGCGGCGUAGCAAGUCCAUUGAAGAGCGAGAGGAAGAAUAUCAGCGGGUACGAGACCGGAUCUUUGCCCGAGAAGUGUCCUUUUUUUUACAGUCUUCUCAAAAUGGAUACAUCAAUGACAACAGACUUUCCACUGAGGGCUACUGCUCUAGCUCUCAAAAGAGGAGGCAGAUCUUUAGAAACCGCGAGAGCUCCAGUCGGGCAUCAAGCAGCCGUCAAAGCAGCACGGACAGUGACAUGAAGUGCCUGGAGCCAAGGCCUUGGAGCAGCACCGACUCAGACAGCUCUAACCGCACUCUCCGGCCACCCGUCACUAAGGCCAGCAGCUUCUCUGGUAUCUCCAUCCUUACCAGGGGGGAUAGCCUUGGCAGCAACAAAGGCUCGCAAGGGAGCUGCAAAGGCUCUCGCUCUGGUAAGGUUUGGAGAAAAGUGGAGAAGAAGCAUUUAGGCCUUCCCCUAGUCAGCCCUGAUGUAUGUCCUCCACCUGCAGCCUCCCAGUCCAGCCGUAGUCUGCUACCCUGCCCAUCUCAACAGCCACAGCAGCCACAGCCCCAGGCUCCACCUCAGACUGCCCUGCUGCCCACACCGCCGCAGCACCCUAUGAGCAACCACAUGAUUGCUCAGCCGGUGGCAUCUCUGCAGCCCUCUCAGCCUGUCUCCUACUCCAGCCCUUCCUGCCCCCAGGUUCUCCUGCCAGUUUCUCCUCCCCAGCAGUACACAAUGGGAGAAGAGCUGGCACCCCAGUUCACACAGAUGACACUGAGUCGGCAGGGCUCCAGUGAGAACCCCGAGCCUCCCCCGAUGUAUCAGGCUACUCCUCCAGUGCUGCCGCAGCACCCCCCACCUCAGACCGGCUACAUUAUGGCUACUACGGGUCAACCUUUGCCACCUCCGUCUGGUUACCAGCCCACCACUGGACACCCCCAUCCUCCACCUCCACCGCCUCCUCCAUCCCAGCCUGUCAUGCAGGCCGCACCACCUCCACAAGGCUACAUGCAGCCCCCUCCACCUCAGCAGAUACAAGUCUCAUACUACCCUCCUGGUCAGUAUCCAAGCUCAGGCCAGCAGUACCGUGUGCCCCAGCCAAUGUCCCACCAGGUGUCUUACCCAACCCAACGCACACAACCCAUGCCUCAGCCAGCACAGCAGUCAGGUCUUCAGACCAUGAUGCCCAGCCAGCAGCCGAGUUACCAGGGCAUGAUGGGUGUGCAACAACCCCAAAAUCCUGGACUGCUCAAUUCACAGAGAGCAGGAAUGGGAGGACAAAUGCAGAGUAUAAUGGUUCAGUACCCACAGAUGCCAUCAUAUCAGGUACCUGUGGGUAAUGAAAAUCAGCAGGUGGUGCAGCAGCAGUACCAGCAGCAGGUCAUGGUCCCAGUCAGCCAGUCUGUCCAGGGGCCCAUGCCUGUUUACUACAGUGUUAUCACACCCACACAGCAGAAUAGCACAAGUCCAUCAGUAGGUUACCUGCAGCCCCCCAGCUCUGAGCAGUAUCAGAUAACACAGUCACCAUCCCCCUGCAACCCUCCACAGUUGCAGCAGCAAUAUUCAGGAGUACCACCUCCUGGGCCUGGGGUGAUGGUCAUGCAGCUCAGUGUCCCCAAUGGACCCCAGCCUUCCCAGAACCCCCCUCUUGUCCAGUGGAACCCUUGCAAGUACUACAGCAUAGAGCAAAGGGCAAGCAAGCCAGGCGAGCUCUACAAACCUGACAACACUCCACAGGCCAGUACUCAGCUGACGAGUCCCCUGGCCUCCCCCACUCAGUCUCCCACCCCGUCACCUUCUGGCAGCGUCAACAGUGUCUGUCCAGGCCUGGGACCAUUACCCCUCAUUUCCCAGUUUCCCCGGCCAGGAGGGCCAGCUCAAGGUGAUGGUCGCUACUCUCUUUUGGGGCAGCCCCUCCAGUAUAGUCUGUGUCCCCCACACCUCAUGCACGGUCAGUCCUCCUACAGCUCUCAUCAGGGCCAAGGAGUAAUGAAACACGGAGCACGAGGGAAAAAACAAACACUCAAAUCUGCAUCAACAGAUCUUGGUACCACUGAUGUAGUGGUGAGUCGAGUACUCGAGGUGACAGACCUGCCGGAGGGGAUCACACGUCCAGAGGCUGAAAAGCUCUUCAACCAGCUGUCGCUGUGCGGUGCCAAGAUCCAGUGGCUGAAGGAGCCCCAAGGAGGCCGAACAGGAGCAGGGGGCUGCGGCCCCUGUCCUGGUGCUGGGCCUUCAGGGCCAGGAGCAACAGCAGGCCCCGGAGCUAGCAUGGGAGCUGGGGGACCGAAGGGUGACGGAAACGACCCAGCUCACCUCUACACAGUAGUGGCAGUGUUCCCCAACACCAUGGCUGCCCAGAGUGCUUCCUUCAAACUUAACAACAGUGGGGCCAGCCUCUUCAAACUGAGGGCCGCCAAAAAGAACUAUGACCUGCGCGUGCUGGAGAGAGCCAGUUCUCAGUGAGAGGAAAAGAGAGGGGGAGGAACGAAGGUGAAAGACAGACAGAAAGAGAGACACUUGUUGGAGUGGUGGAAAAGGGAGGAGGACUGAGGGGGACUGCUCUUAGUGUACAAAUAAAAAAAACAAAAAACAAAAAAAACUUGAUUUAAAUCAUGUGUCAAAUGUAUAAAAGGGAAGAGGGUGUGAAUCAUGAGGUGGCUGGUGUUUGGUUGCAAAUAUGAUUUUGUUGUUUGUUUUUAUUCAUUGUUUUUGUUUUGUAUUUAUAUCGCAGAAGAGCACACAAGACACGCGAGCAUGUGUUUCACUGUUGCCGUGGAAUGUGUGCUGCCAUGAUACAAAAACACACAUAACAGAAACACAAGUGCAGGCAACAGGGUCACGUAGCACAUAACAAAAACACACUGGACAGUCGACCUCAGUCAAACCUUUUCCUCCUCUUCCUCCCUCCCCCCCCUUGACCCUUCCUCCUUUUUUUCUGCCAGCGCUUUCUCACCUUCCUCGACUUUCUGUCACACAGUCGUCUCUUUAUCUCACAUAUUUAUAAAUUUUCAUACGGCACAGUUGCGUACGCUCCGCUUUCUCCUGCUGCUCCCCCCUCUUGCCAUGUCUCAAACUGCCUCCUAUCUUUCUCUGCUCCUCUGUCCCUCUCAUGUAUUCUGUCACUGCUCUCUCCUCUCUUGCUUUGUUUGCCUUACUGCUGUUGUGGGUUUCUGUAUUGCGCUGUUUUCUUUUUUCUUUUUUUCUCAGAAGUUUUUCUUUGUUUGUUUUUUGGGGUUCAAUAUAUUUAUAUAAGUGAUGUAAGGAAUAAAAGAAAUCUAUAUAUUCGGUGAAUUUUUUUUUCUUCCCUCCCCCCCUGAGUGACAAAGGUUAGGCCUUCCUAUUUAUCCCUUUACUCCUUCCCUCUUCAUCCCCGCUCCUCUUCCCAUCUUUUUUUUCCUUACUGCCCUCUACCUCACUUCUUCUGCCCCUCUCCUCUCUCCCACAGCCGCCCCACAUGCCCCAGCUCCACCCACCCGACGCCCCAUUGUGUUUGCGUUUUUUUUUUUCGUUGACAGCUGUGCAGAACGUAUCAGAAGAAGUAGUAAAAGUGCACAAUGAUUGCAUAUGUCUACUGUAAAUUUUAUUUAAUCUGUUAUUUUUUGGUUCGUUUUUAAAAAUAUAAAAGUCGAGAAAAAAAAUC